GAGGGGCGGGAGGCAGGGCGGGGGCCUCCAGCCGCCAAGCACCGGGCAGCCCAGCCCCGAGCGGGCGGGGGGCGGCCGCAGCCGCGCCCCCAUGAACGCUUCGGUGUCGCCUAGCAGCGCCCCGAGGUGCCGGGCGCGAGAGGCGGCAUCGGGGGCGGUGCGGGCCGGGCCGGGCCGCGGCUUGGGCCGGGCGGGAGGAGGCCGAGGAGGAGGAGGAGGCCGAGGCCAAGGCCGAAGAGGAGGCCGAGGAGGAGGAGGAGGUAGCGGUGUCGCUGAUGCGCUGCGCCCUGUGCUUUCCCGCCAGGUGUUCUCCCUCUGGCUUCCUAUGUCCUGUGACCAGGAGGAUUUCUUCGCAGCGUACCUCAAGAUGAUGGCAAAUAUCGUCGUCCUGAACUUGCUCAUUUGUAUCUCUCUGGUGUUCUGGAUCGUGUCCAUGACCGCAAGUACGUACUACGGUACUUUACGACCCAUUUCUCCGUGGCGCUGGCUUUUUUCAUUCUCGGUUCCACUAGUGAUUGCUACGCAGGGUUAUAAGAAGAAGAGUCUUGAUCAUAGUGGUGUAUUGGGAGGAUUGGUGGUUGGAUUUAUCCUUACAGUUGCAAAUUACAGUUUCUUCACUUCUUUGCUUGUAUUUUUUGUUACUUCUUCAAAACUUACUAAAUGGAAAAAAGAUGUGAAGAAGCAAAUAGAUUCAGAAUACAAAGAAGGUGGACAGAGGAAUUGGGUGCAAGUAUUCUGUAACGGUGGUGUUCCUACUGAGCUGGCUGUCUUAUAUAUGAUAGAAAAUGGACCAGGUGAAAUUCCUAUUGACUUUUCAAAGCAAUACACAGCAUCAUGGAUGUGCUUAUCCCUUUUGGGAGCCUUGGCAUGCUCUGCUGGUGAUACAUGGGCUUCAGAGAUUGGUUGUGUGUUGAGUAAAAGCAAGCCAAGACUGAUAACAACCUGGGAAAAGGUGCCAGUAGGUACUAACGGAGCAAUUACUUUAGUGGGCCUGAUCUCAAGUUUGAUUGGGGGCAUGGCAGUAGGUAUAGCCUACUUUAUAACACAACUCGUUUUUGUGACUGAUCUGGAAAUAUCUGCUCCGCAAUGGCCCAUUAUUGUGUUUGGUGCAGCAGCUGGCUUACUGGGAUCACUUGUUGAUUCAUAUUUGGGAGCUACAAUGCAAUACAGCGGUUUCGACCAGAAUAUUGGCAUGGUUGUCAACCACCCAACAAAAGACUCUAAACACAUAUCUGGCAAACCUAUAUUAGACAACAACGCAGUAAAUCUUUUUUCUUCUAUAAUCAUUGCUUUGGUGCUUCCAGGCAUGGCAUGGUGUUUCUGGCCCAGGGGCUGAAAUAGUUUGUUUUCUGCAUGUGAUUCAUUUAUGUUCAGUCUUACUCAAAGACAGAAGAGUUCUCUUCGAACUCUUUUGAAGAGAGAGAUCUGAAAUUUUCAGAAAGUGAAAGAACUUUCUAUCUCAACUUACUAAGGCUGUAAGCUUCAUGUGGCACUUGGCAUGUCUCAGUGCAAGGAAGGCAUUUUGUCAAUAUGCUCUUGCUGCUCUUCAGAUGGAUGUAGAUCAUUGCCAAGUGAGGUGAAGCACUUCAUUUAUCCUCAUGGAGCUGAAGCACUGGCAUCUAUGUUCUCUCCAGUCCCCUGCAGCUGGAAGGGCAAGAACCCGGAAAUAGAAGUCUGAUCUACAUCAGUCGGUGUGAUGGAGCAGUGUGGCUAUUAUCCAGGCUAGACACAAAGUACACUGCAACUUUGUGUAGGCAAUGGUAGCACUGGUGAAAUGGGUGAAUUCUGGUUAUUUCCCAUAAUCUACAGUACGUAAGGGUUUAUGGGAUUUUUUUUGUUUGGUUGGUUGGGUUUUUUUGUGAGGGGGGGCAAACAGAGAAGUAAGCCUUAUUGCCUAUUCUGUAUCCUGAUACUAUCUCCACUUCCUUGAGAACAGGGUUCGUAAAAGUGGUGCCACUGCAUAAUGUUUGAAGCAAAAGAUUAAAACUCGCUACUUCUUCCAGUAAGAAUAAUAAAUUUCUCUGUGCUUUCUUAACAUCUUUAUUUCAAUACUAAUGAUACUUACGAAGAUUGUCAGUACUGUGGUACUCAUUAAAUUAUCUAAAGUUAAAGUUUACAGUUAUGAAUUCACAUUCAUCUCUUUAGAAAUAGAACAUUUUUUCCAUAAGCACACAAUUGUUCCGUAACGCUUAGCGUUCUGACCAAACUGUAGUCUUUGGUUCCUUCUCAGCAGUGGAAGUGUUUCCCAUUUUGUUUGGGGUUGCUAUUCACAGAUGAUGGCCUCAGCCAAACAAGCUACAGAGGUUAUCCUCACAGUGAAUGGGGAAAGUCUUACUUAUUCCCAUUUUGAAGUGGUUUAUUUAAUUUUUGGUGCUCAGGCUCCUACGUUAGGUGAUUCCAUCUUCCAUUAUUAAUUUAUGAAAGAGGUGUAAGUAAUAUAGCCAGCACAGAUUGUACUUAAACUUUAGAGGUACCUUCACAGUAACCUGUCACUGUCGACAUUCAGAAGCUAGAGCCCAUACUGUUAACUUUUAACAAGCUUUUCAUCUUUAAAGAUAGGUGAGUAUUUUAUAUUAAACAUCUGAUUUUUUUUUACGAAUGUCUGGUGUAUGUGGCUGUCUUAAUUCACUUGAAUUGUGUGUUUUGUCACCUUUUAUGGCAAUGGUCAAAAAUUUUAACACCUUCUGUGUUGAGUUUACUCUUGAAAUGUAGCCUAUAUAAUCUGGAAUUUAUCACUGGCAACAGUUCAGUGUAUUAUCCAAUUAUAAAGAUGAGAUUUCAAACUAGUAAAAGCUUUCUGAAAAGAACUGUUUGUGUGUAGCAGCUGUAUGUCUGUUCCUGUGGAAAGGCACAAGAUAUUACGAAAGGAAUAUAUGUACUUGAACUGUAACAAUAAACACGUGAGAUUUAUACGCAUUGUUUGGAUUUAUGCUGCUUCUAAAUAAACCCUGUAUUAGUUGUCUUUA